CUGGGAGCAUAAUUUCUGCCACGAAAGAGUGCCGAGAGCGCGGAGAGAAUCAGCGAGAGACCAUAACAGAUUGGACGACCGACGACCGGUUGGUUAGAGAACAGUGUUCCCCCCAAGUAAGAUCAGUUGAAUGUGGCGCGUCGCGCUCGACGGUCGUCGUUAUUCUGGUUCCCGCACGAGUCCCGGUUCCGUUCAAGACUUUGCUUCUUUACAACAGCUGGGUGUCGUGAUAUCGGUCAAGUUCAGGCGGCGACGAGGCCAUCACUCAAUUAGUCGAGCCAAGGAGGAGCGCCGCGUGAAAUUCACUUUUCCCCGAGAAGCCCAUUUAAAACGAUUCUUUCGUGUGUUCUUAUUCGAAAUUGGAAUUUGUCACGGUGCCAAAAGACAUGAGCAUCUCGGCGUUGGACCGCAAGGAGCAGCAGGCUGGCAAUAGUUUCCUGGGCAGGCGCUAUGGACAGCUGCUGCGCGGUGGCAAGCACACGGACUGCGUGUUCCACGUGUGCGAGGAGCAGGUGAAGGGCCACAAGCUGAUUUUGGCCGCCGCCAGUCCAGUGUUCGAGGCCAUGUUCUUUGGGCCGCUGCAGGACAAUGAGCCGGAGCCAGAGAUCGAGAUCCAUGACAUCAGUGCGGCCAUCUUCAAGGUGAUGGUGGAGUACAUUUACACGGGCACCGUGGACUACAACGGACUGGAGCUGGUGGCCUGCAUCGAGCUGUACUAUGCGGCGGAGAAGUAUCUACUGGAGGAGCUGAUCGCCGACUCCUUGCUGGCCAUUACGCGGAAGCUACGCUUCGCCAACAUCCUGCCCGCCUUGGAGCUAAGCGUCUGCAUGGGCCUCGACGCCCUCCUGGACGUCUGCAUGACCUUCUUCAUGCGCUGCUGUGCCAACAAUGGCCAGUACAUGAGCCACCUCAAGGAGCACUAUGUGCACGUGUCCAAGGAGUGCGUAAAGGCAAUAAUUGCCGCCUGCAAGGAGCCGCACAAGCUGCUCAUCUGGUACGUUUACGAGUGGACGCGGCAGGAGUGCGAGCAGCUGGGCCUGGGACCCAGCGAUGCCGAUCUGGUGGUGCACGGCCUGGGCGGUGAAUCUACCGGCCAUUGGUCGUCCGUGACAGCAGCUGUGGCGGAGCCAACUCCUGCUCCAGGCCCUGUGUUGUCCGUGGAACGCUGCUAUUACAAGGCCUGCCGACCCUUCACUGUAGACGCAGAGACUCCGGUGUUCCGCCUGCGCCUAAAGUGCUCUCGUUUUAUCUCGCUGAUGGGCCUGGUACUCAACAGCCGGCUGACGCCCAAUCGCUUGGGCCACGUGCUGCAGCCCGAGUACCGUGAAUGCCUGCGCCUGCAUCUCUGCGAGCUGUCUGUCGAGGGCGAAGGCAAUCCGCCGCCCACGGAACCCGUGUGGAGCCAUGUCGUCCAAAACCAGAGCACCAAGUACAAUUGCGAUCUGCACCUUGCCUGGCGACGGGAGGAGGCCUGCGUUCUCAAUCCGGAGCUCUCCUACGAGCUCCAGAUCCACUGGGACAGCAGCGCCUACGGCGCGGAGUAUCCGUGCAGCCUGCAGUCGUGCCAGGCGGACGGGAUCCGCUUCACCGACGGUGACAGCUUCAGCGGGAGCCUCGUCAAGGGUCUGCGCUACGCCAACCUGGUGUAGGGCUCGAGGGCACCCGAUGUUCCCCUCCCCGAUUAGUUUAGUUCGUAAGAAGUGUGUAUUUAUUGCCCUAAGUUAAUGUACGCCGUCGCCAGAGUUCAAUAAACUGUGAGCGCCAGAA